AUGUCGAAGCAGUUAGUGGUUAAUGGACGUACGAUUUUGGUUGAGGAGCAAGAUGUCGACGAAGUCUGUGCGAUGUUUAAAGAAAACAUCAUUAUCGACAGUGAGGAAGGUUGGAGCAAUAGAUUUGAAGUCACACAAGUCGCUGUCUUUUUUUGCGGAUUUGCACUUCAUCAUUCUGGUCUACCGUGGAAGCGCUUUGAUUAUUUAUCCGAUUGUUGGGUAAAAGCGGAGAGAAUGCACGGAGACACCUACGGUCGUGGAAACUUCAGCCCGAGCGAAUAUUCAAGCGUAAUCUCCGAUGUACAGACCUUUGUAAACGAAUUUUCGAAAAUCGAUCGCAAGAAACUUUGGUCUGAAUUUACUAGUUUGCAUGUGGUGAAUGGAUGCGCACAAACUUUUGGCUUCAAUGUUCUCAAACAAUGGGCAGAUGACCAGGAAACUAUGGGAUCGCUGCCUAAGAAAACUAGCAAACUGGAGAAGGACACUAAGAAGCAAACGGCAGAAAUUGAAAAGAAAGUAGUGGAAAUUUCUAACGCCUUAAAGGAUUUGGAUGUGAUGAAAAAGGUUUACACGAAGUUCGUUGAUGGAAAGACUGUAGAGUCGCGGUCCUCUAGAGAUAACCUAUGCGUAACGGAUAUUUGCCUAUUUCGUGACAAAGAAGCAUGCCAAUUAGUGAACAAAACUACGGUUGAUUGCAAUGGUUGUGCGGGGAGAGCUCACGCAGUAUGUUGUGGUAUAUGGACUGAAGACGAGUACCUGAUAACACUCGACCAAAGUGUAGUUGCCCAGUGCUGGAGCUGUGAGGGGCUCGGCGUCAGUGAAAUCCUUCUUUUUUGUGAGCAACAAACGACCGAUCUGAAAAAUGUGCACAAUCAGUUGACAGAAUCAUUAAAGUUCGUGACACAAUAUUUGUAUGUAAUUGCUUGCAUUGAUUUCAGAGAUGUCAUUGAAACUGCUGAUUAUCGUGCAAAUUUUUGGAAAGGAAACGGAAGUCUCCGAAAAGAAUCGGAGCACAGAUGGAGAAGAAAUGGAGCUGAUAUUAGUGCGAUUUUUGGAAAGGAAACGGAAGUCUCCGAAAAGAAUCGGAGCACAGAUGGAGAAGAAAUGGAGCUGAUAUUAAAUCUGUGUUGGGAGCAUUUGCAAGUAUUCGCAGGAGAUAUGAAUAUGACUCCAAAAUGUCAUAUCUUAUUGGACUUCAUGCCCUAUGCUCGUAGGUUCGGAACACUGGGUCGAAUGAGUGAACAAUCAAUUGAAUCGUUUCAUGCCCUCUUCAAUCGUCUUCAAGAUCGAUUCAAGACAGUGCGAAACGACGUGACUAGGUACACCCACUGUUUCCGAGUCCUAUUGUUUUUCAAUCAUGUUUUUAUGAAUUCCUAA